AGCCAGAGGACUGCCCCCUGGGAACUCGGGACUACAGCGGUCCUAGGUCUUUAGAUUUGGAGCUCACUCCCAGAGCACUGUGUAUUGCUUGACUGUCAUGGCUGGCGGGACCCGAGCAAGAAGCAGGGCAGACAAGGCGAGGCCGUGUUUCAGGCUGCAUGUACCAAGUAGUUCAGAUGGUUGGCACGGAUGGAAAAAAUCUUCUGCAAUUACUUCCAAUUCCUAAAUCUUCUGGAAAUCUUACUUCAGUAGUUCAAUCUCCAGUGGUAUCUGAUGUUUUGAAAGGGAAUACAGGAAAACCAGUUCAAGUUACUUUUCAAGCUCAGAUUUCCAGCUCUUCCACAAGUGCAUCCAUUCAAUUGCCCAUUUUUCAACCAGCCGAUACUACAAAAUAUUUUCUUACAAAAACAGUAGAUACAUCAGGAAAAGGUAGUGUUACUCCUAUGGGGACUGGAAGUUUUAUGCCACCAGUUUCUAAAGUUGAAAGUCGUGGUGUGAAAAUCGAUGAACUCAAUAUGCAAACAUUUGCUGUUCCUCCCUCAACACAAAAUGAUUCAUCUCACUUUGUAGUCAACACCCCAAGUCUUCCAGUGAAUGUGAAUUCUUCAGUUUUGCCUUCUGGGCCUCAUUUACAGAUUCCAGUCCAUGCUGAAGCGAAAUCUAUACCUGAAUCAACCUUGCCUUCCUCAGUUCAGCAAAGUAUACAUGCAACUUCAACUAGAAGUCUUUCAGGAACAGUUGAGACUUCCCAAAUACCAGCAGUUAUUUAUGUAUCUCCUGUAAAUGAAGUGACAAAUAGAGUUACUAAGAGCUUUCAGAAUAUUUACCCCAAACCAAUGAUAUUAAAUACCUCGAAAGUUCCACCAAAUGUUGCUACAGAGACACAGAUAAAAAGUGGUCACCUUUCUGAAACUGCUCAAGUGAAAAUAAUUUUUCAAGAUACUCUGCAGCCUUGUAUUCCAUUCCUUGUUCCUAUUAAAUCAUCAAAUAAUGUGGCUUCAAAGAUUUCAAAAACGUUUAUAGGUAGGAAAAAUUUGGGAGAUAAUACUGUAAAUACAUCUCUGUUGAAUACCAUCAGUUCUAAUGGGACACAAUCCAUGAGUGUGCCCAUUAAAGAUAAUGCUUUGGUAAUGCUUAAUGGGAAAGUCUAUCUGUUGACUAAAGAGGAGACACAUGGUGUGCCAUCACAAAAUGACCAACCAAAUUCUGUUUCUUCUGAUAAUCUACCAAGAAAAGAUUCACAGGUAGUAAGUUCAAGUCCAGGCACAGAAAUCUUCAAAGAGUUAAAUAGUGCUUUGAUUCAAAGUAAAUCUUCCCAGUUGGAGACAAAAUCACUUUCAAAUUCUCAGCUUGCUUCCAUGGCCAGUCUAAGAGCAGAGAAGACCGAAUCAGUGGAGAGACCAUCCUUUUCUUUGGCAAACCCACAUACUGUGAACCAAUGCAGUAACUACCUUAAACAGAGUAAGACUGUAUUUACAAACCCAGUUUUUCCAGAUGGAUUUAGGACAGUUCAGAAUGCCCCCAGAAAAGGAAAUCUCAUCCAAAGCAUAGAGAAAAUAUGUUCCUCUGUUGAUGCAGCAACUGUUACUUCACAACAGUGUGUUUUCAGAGACCAAGAAUUACAGACCCAGUGUGAGAUGGCACCGAUGUUAAAAAAAAAUACUGAAGAAAGAAAUAACAAGAAAUAUUCUCAAGGAAGUAAUACUAAGACUGAUGCUGAAUUUAAAAAGCUAUUUGGUCUUACUAAAGAAUUGAGAGUGUGUCUUACUCGGAUCCCUGACUGUCUGGGCUCUAUAAAAGGUUGUGAUUCCUUUAGCAGUUUAAUGAAGAAUAAUAGUUCUUACAAAGAUGCGGAGUUUGUGGUGAAGGAAGAAGAAACAAAACAGAGUUUUUCUAAGAAAAGAAAAGCAAAAUCCAUUAAGAAGAUGGAUUACACAAAAAGGAGAAAAAUUAAGAAAGCUAGUAACACAGUCAUGAAUGGAACCGAUGCUUCCAGUUCCCAACUUCUUAGUAUUUUACCAACAUCAGAUAAUCCGCAACACAACAUUGUCGCAAGCCAUAGCACAACCAGGGAAGACAAGAGAACUGAGGUAGAAAACUGCUCCCAUGAGAAGCAAGACAAAAGCAUAUUAAGUUCAAGUGCAUCUUUUGGACAAAGUAAUUGUUUCAGUAAAAGCUAUAUGGAAGAUAUUUUUCUAUUGCCACCACCAGAAUUAGAAGAAACCAUCAGAGAUGAAAAAAUAAGAAGACUUAAGCAGAUUGUAAGAGAGAAAGAAGCAGCUCUUGAAGAAAUGCGUAAGAAGAUGCACCAAAAACAAUAAAAUGUCUAGGAUUUAAUGACUUGUACUACUACAGUAGUUCCCUCUUACCUUCUGGGGAUACUGUUAAGACCUCUCCCUCCCCCUCCCCCUCCCCCGCCCCCCCCAAUGGAUGCCCAAACUGGAGAUGAUACCAAAUUCUGUAUACAACCGCUAUAAAAUCUUGAUCUUUAUUCUGAUAACAUCUACUUUAGAUAAUAACAAGCAAGUAAUUAGGAUAUGCAAUGUGGAUACACUUAAUGAAGAGGAUAAUUGAUGUCCUGAACAGGACACUGAAAUUUUUUGUCAUGUUACUCUGAAUGGUAUAUAAUUUAAAAGUUAUAAAUUCCUCCUUUCUGGAGUUUCUCAUCGAUAUUUUGGACAGCAGUUAUCAUGGGCAUCAGAAAACAGAAGAGCCAACUGUAGAUUACAAGGGAUUACUGUUAUUUAUAAAGGCACUCUGAAAGCGUUUUUUGUAUAUAAAAUGUAAGGAGUACAGAAAAGGCUGAGUCAUAUGACUCAUCAAUAUUAUACAUGACAUAUUUUGACUUACUUGUUUUGGAAGAAAGUUUUUGGUAUUUUUCUGUGAAAUGAAAUUCCCCAAAUUUGAAUAUUUUGUACAAAGUUUCUGUUAAUGUUAUAUCUUCAACUAAAUUUCUCAGGUCUUACACUAACAAUAAAUAUUGUGUACUAAAAGUCUACAAUCCAAGAUAGACAGCUGUAAACUUAACUUUACCAUUGAGUUUCUAUGUGUACUGUCUUGAUCUUCUUACCUAUAAAAAAAUGAUACAACCUAUUCACUGUUGUUGCUGUUUUUUUCCAUCAAGAAAAUAUUAAAAUCUAUU